UUCAAGAAAGAAAAUUCCAAAUGAAUACAAAGGAAGUCACUAUUUAAGGCCAAACCUUCUCUCAGCACACAAAACAACACAUACAAGCAAAGCCUUCAAUUUCAAAGGGCAAGAACCAUUCCUUCACCGGUCACCGGAGCAACCGGUAACACACAUACAACUAACUCAACAUGAUAGCUUGCGCGGAGCACUUCCUGCCGGGAAAUGACGCCGAACCGAAGCCCGACGACGACGUCGUUUCCAGCCUCUCCAAAACGCUUGGCGUUCAAGCCAUCACCACCGAUGACUUGGGAAUAGCAAGCAAGGACUUCGGCGGCUUGAAAUUCGUGAAGCCUUUGGCACUCGUAAGGCCCUACACCACAGACGACGUUGCUCGGGUGGUGAGAGCGGCGGGGAGGUCUCCGACUCUGACGGUGGCGGCACGAGGGAACGGCCACUCCAUCAAUGGUCAGGCCAUGGCGGAGCAUGGUCUCGUCCUCGACAUGCGCUCCAUGAACGAACUUGUCCAGCUCGUGAGGAUUAACGGCGCACCAUACGUCGACGUUUCGGGAGGGGCAUUAUGGGAAGACGUCCUGAAACGCUGCGUUUCGGAGUUCGGUUUGGCCCCGCGCUCCUGGACGGAUUACCUCAGCUUAACGGUUGGCGGAACGCUGUCAUAUGCAGGCGUGAGCGGCCAAGCGUUCCGUUACGGCCCGCAGACUUCGAACGUAACGGAAUUGGAGGUGGUUACGGGGAAAGGAGAAACCAUAGUAUGCUCAAAAACGCAAAGUCCAGAGCUUUUCUUUGCAGUUCUUGGGGGUCUAGGUCAGUUCGGUAUCAUCACUAGGGCCAGGAUUGUACUUCAGGAAGCUCCACAUACGGUGAGAUGGAUAAGGGUAGUUUACAGUGAAUUUGAGGAGUUCAGUAGCGAUGCAGAGUGGCUGGUGAGAAGAGAAGAAGGUGAAUCGUGUUUCGACUACGUGGAAGGGUUCGUUUUUGUGAACAGUGACGACCCCUCUAACGGGUGGCCCAAUUUGCCAUUGGACCCUCAACAAGUGUUCGACCCCAUUCAUAUUCCUCCCUCUGCCGGUCCUGUUCUCUAUUGCUUGGAGCUCGCUCUUCACUAUCGUCACUCAGACAACCCUUCCCGUGUUGAUGCGGUUGUUGAUGGAUUGCUUGGACGGCUACGAUUCAUCAAGGGUCUCAAGUUCCAGGUGGACAUGGGAUACACGGAGUUCUUGCUACGUGUAAAGCGUGACGAGGAGCAUGCGAAAAUCAACGGCGUUUGGGAUGCGCCACACCCUUGGCUCAACCUGUUCGUUUCAAAGUCCAAUAUCUCCGAGUUCGAUAGCGAGGUGUUCAAGAAGAUCCUCAAGGACGGUGUCCAUGGCCCCAUCUUAGUUUACCCUCUCUUGAGAAACAAGUGGGAUAGUAGACAAUCGGUGGUGGUGCCAGAGAGUGACAUAUUCUACAUAGUAGCAUUGCUGAGGUUUAGUCCAGCACCACCAAAGGGACCAUCGCCUCAACUCUUGGUGGAACAGAACCGUCAGAUUCUUCAGCUUUGCUUAGCCAAAGCCUUUGAUUUCAAGCUAUACUUCCCUCACUACCACUCACGACAAGAUUGGAUCAACCACUUUGGUAAUCAUCAAUGGUCCAGAUUCGUUGAAAGAAAGACCGCUUUUGAUCCCAUGGCUAUCCUUGCUCCUGGACAGAAAAUUUUCUCCAGAGUUCCUCAACCUUAUUCUCUCACACAAUAACAAUAAUAAUAAUAAUAAUAUUUUCUUCUU